AUGGCCGCAUUGCAUCUUCACAAGCUGGCCUGUAAAUCGAAGAGAGCGGCUGGACUUUUGCGCAUGUUUUUGGAUAUAAGUUGCUCAAAGCAUAGCUUCCAUUCAAACAAGGAGGUUGAAAUAUCCACAAGCGUGGCUUGCAGGCUCAGCAGAUUGACAGCCAAAUUUGAGGAGAACUUGGUAUUUGGUGGUGCAGCAAAAGGAGGCUCUCGACUGUCCGAUUCUCAGCUGGCGCCACUUUGUUCGCCAACUUUAUGGCCUUUGAAGAAGAUAGGGAGUUGCACUCAAGAGUUGGCUUACUCUUAUGGAUCAACACAGCCAGCAGCGAAAUCAGUUGCCCGCUUCCAUGAAAACAGAAAUCCAUGCCAGGUAGCGUCAUUCACUAGCUCGCCACCACUUGCUCUGAUGGAGGGGGAUGAGAUCAACGCCAGCAGCUUCACUCCUCGAGUCGCCAGCGCUUUGGACUUACCUAGUGUGAUCCCCUUCACCCUUGACCUGUCUCACCGGAACAAAGGUCUUGUGGACGAGUUGGAAGUGCGCUACGCAGGAGAUGCCCAGGAAAAUCCUCAAGUGACCAAGAGCAUAACAGAAAGACGACCAGAGGAGUCCUGGAUCGAAAUUCGAUAUCCAUUCACCAGAUCGGCAAGCUUGAAAGAGCAGUACCGAUUGUUUGGGACAGGCUAUGUACGGUUCGGGAAGAUUCUCGAGGACAUGGACGCUAUGGCUGGUGACGUUGUUUGGCGGCACCUCCGGAGGAAAGACCGGCUGAUAGCCACCGCGGCUGUGGACCAUUUGGCUUGGGCUGGCGAGUUGAUUCGGCUCGACAAGGACCUGCGAAUACAGGGUCAGGUGACGUGGGUGGGGCGCUCUUCGAUGGAGAUCACGCUGGAAGCUUCCACCGUUGGGCCGCAGCCGGGCGACACUCCGGAGGUUUUGGGUAGCGCGCACUUCGUCAUGGUGUCACGGGAGGACGACAAGGCGGCGCCGGUCCCGCAGCUAAUGCUGGAAACGCCGAAAGCAAAGACGCUCUUCGAGGUGCGACGUUGUUCGGCGGCACUCCUGUCUGAGCCUCCUCAACUAUCAGGAGGCUCACAAAUGGACCUCGACGAAAGUUGUAGAGAGGUUGUGCAUAGAAGCAUACAGCACACCAGCCCUUUAGAAUCCGGGGAGCGGAAUGCGGAACGACGGAAGAAGGACCGGGAGGACAGCCUGUACAAGAAAGCGCCAACCGCGGACGAGCUCCAGCUGCUGCACAACCUGUUCAUAAAGUCGCACGUGGCUGAUGAAUCGGGGCAGGAGUGGGCGGGAACGCCGGGGCGAGAGAGCGUGCAUCUGAUGCACAGCCAGCAGCGCAACGCCAACGGGUUCAUGUUCGGCGGCUUCGUGAUGCGCGAGGCGUACGAGCUGGGCUGGAUCUGCGCGCGCCUGCACACGCGGCUGACACCUGUCAUCACCUCCGUCGACGACGUGGCCUUCAUGAAGCCGGUGCCCGUCGGGUCGCUCAUACAGUUCACAGCGCAGGUCAUCUACGUGGAGGGCUCCCUGGUUCGCGUCCUGGUCCAAGCCGACGAGCUCGGCCCCGCGGCCCCGCAUGGGGGGGCGGAGCGGCUUCACACUACCACCAACUUCCACUUCGCGUUCCGCAUGGUCGACCGGAAAAUGGGCUCCGGCGCGCUUGGACCGUUUGCCGCGGCGUCUGCAGAGUCACCAACAGGUGCAAGUUGCCGCUCUUCGCAGUUCCCUCCUGCCCAGCAGAUUGUGCGGAAGGUCAUGCCGCAGACCUACGCUGAGGGGAUGCGGUACUUGGAGGGAUACCGCUGGCACACGUGGGAGGCGCAGCUUGAGCCCCCCAGCCGGGAGCCCGUACUGGGAACUAAUCAAUAG